UGUGUGUUGGUGUUGGUGGUGUUGGUGUUGGUGGUGUAUAUGUGGGAGCAGGAGGAGAGACUCUGCAGUGUCUUGGCAGCUGCAUUAGUGCAUCUCCCACCGUCCGCGAUGCCUCCGCGGCCAAUGCCUGCCUCCUCCGCGUCCACUUGACAACACAAGCCGAUACCAUGAACUCGUCGGGAAACUGAGCCGGACGUUCACACCGAGCUAGCUGUAUGCCCACGAGACGGUCCGGAGCGCUUCAUUCACGCACAGAAACCCCGUGACGAGAAUUGUUAAUGGAAAAUGGCGAUAGGCAAAAGGUCUUGCAGCAUCGUCUGCUUGGUAUCUAUCCAGAUUAUCUUGAUUUUCAGCGCAUCGUGGCCUGGAGCAGCGGGGCUCACAUUCCCACAGCAAUACACGAUAAUGCACUGGGCCAGGCGUAUCGAGCAGGAGAUUGACAGAGUCUUUCAGCACAUCACUGGAGCUCAGCAGUUGAAAGGGAUAUACAACGAAGAAAGACGGAGGUUCAGUCUGGUGAGGAAUCAGCCUCGGAAGAUUGUGGAGAAGGUGGCCUCAGAUAUAGAGAAGCUCCUGGCUAAGAAGCGCAAAGCACUCGAUAGGUUAGCCAGUGAAGCUGAGCGGCUCCAGCGAGAGCAUCUAUGGCAGGAUGGAAUCAAGGAGCUGGACAUGGCAUAUUAUGACUCCAAGGCGGAGCUGGAUUAUUACUCCAUGGAUGGAGAAGGAGAGGUGGAAAACCCUUCGCACAUCAAGCUGGAGUUUGUUUAUGAUCCGAACUUCAAAAACAAUGUCAACUAUUCCUACACAGCUGUGCAGAUCCCCACAGAUAUUUAUAAAGGAGCUCCAGUCAUUCUGAAUGAGUUGAACUGGACGCAGGCACUGGAGAAAGUGUUCAUGGAGAACAGUCAGGAGGAUCCGUCACUGCUGUGGCAAGCGUUCGGGAGUGCAACGGGUGUCACUCGCUACUACCCAGCCACACCUUGGAAAGCCCCCGAUAAAAUCGACUUGUAUGAUGUCAGGAGGAGACCCUGGUACAUCCAGGGAGCCUCAUCGCCCAAAGAUAUGGUCAUACUGGUUGAUGUGAGUGGCAGUGUCAGUGGCCUCACCCUGAAACUCAUCAAAGCGUCAGUGAUGGAAAUGCUGGACACUUUGUCUGAUGAUGACUACGUCAACGUGGCGAGGUUUAACGAGAAGGCAGAAGCCGUGGUUCCCUGCUUCAAACAUCUCGUCCAGGCUAAUGUGCGCAACAAAAAGAUCUUCAAGGAUGCAGUGCAGCAGAUGCAGGCGAAAGGCACCACCGACUACAAGUCUGGAUUUCAUUUUGCCUUCAACCAGCUGUUAAAUAAGACAAAUGUUCCCCGGGCCAACUGCAAUAAAAUAAUCAUGCUGUUUACUGAUGGAGGGGAGGACAGAGCUCAGGAUGUCUUCAUGCAAUACAACUGGCCCAACAAAACGGUUCGAGUUUUCACCUUUUCUGUGGGUCAGCACAACUAUGAUGUCACACCUUUACAGUGGAUCGCAUGCACCAAUAAAGGUUACUAUUUUGAGAUCCGUUCCAUCUGUGCUAUAAGGAUUAACACCCAGGAGUACCUCGACGUGCUGGGGCGCCCCAUGGUGCUGGCAGGCAGCGAUGCCAAGCAGGUUCAGUGGACCAAUGUGUAUCAGGAUGCUUUGGGUCUUGGCAUGGUAGUUACUGGGACUUUGCCUGUGUUUAAUCUCACCAUGGAUGGAAACUCACAGAAUCAGCUGAUAUUAGGUGUCAUGGGAGUCGACGUGCAUCUUGACGAGAUAAAGCGACUAACACCACGGUACAAUCUUGGAGCCAAUGGGUACAUAUUUGCCAUAGACCCAAAUGGAUAUCUUCUGCUUCACCCUAAUCUUCUGCCAAAGCUGGUGAACCUGCCAGAGCCUGUGACGCUGGACUUCCUGGAUGCAGAGGUGGAGGACAACAAUAAAGAAGAGAUCCGGCGACAAAUGAUUGAUGGAAGACCAGGUGAAAUGCAGAUCAAAACUCUCAUCAAGUCGAUUGAUGAGCAAUACAUCGAUGAGGUGUACAGGAGCUACACCUGGACUCCUAUCAACGGCACAGAUUACAGUCUUGGUCUGGUAUUACCACCCUACAAUGAGUUCUACAUCCAGGCAGACCUGAGUGAUGUGAUGCUGCAGCUCCAGUAUAUGCAGUCGCUGCUGCCCAGCUCCUUUGAAUCCUCAGGACAUGUGUUUCUGGCUCCAAGGGAAUACUGCAAACGUCUGCAUCUGUCUGACAACAACACCCAGUUUUUGCAGAACUUCCUCUCCCUCAUGUUGGACAUUUCCCCAGAAUCUGAUGAGUGUGACCAAGGCCUCAUCCACAACCUAAUUUUGGAUUCCAGGAUUAUCGGGCAGCUGGCUUCUCGUGUUUGGAAGAACAAGGACCUGAAUGCGUACGGCUUCCUGGCUGUGUUUGCGUCCACCGAUGGAGGAAUAACACGGGUUUUUCCCAACGUAGCUGCUGAUCUUUGGGAUGAGGAUCCUGAACCCUUCAAUUCAAAUUACUACAGACGGAGUCUUGACAACAAAGGCUACAUGUUCAGAGCUCCAUCAAGAUCCUCGUUGGAUGACCCUGUAGGUGCAGAAAACGGCACUGCUGGAAUUCUGGUUAGUUCAGCUGUGGAGGUGAAUCUGGGAGGCAAAUUGCUCAAACCUUCAGUGGUCGGAGUGAAGCUGGACCUGGAGGCGUGGGUGGACAAGUUUAAGAUCCUGGCCAGCAAUGUGUCAGACAGUCGACAGGGCUCACACAAGUGUGGACCAUCCAGGAGCUGUGAGAUGGACUGUGAAGUGAACACUGACGACCUCCUCUGCUAUCUCAUUGAUGAUGGCGGGUUCCUGGUUAUGUCCAAUCAGAGAGAUCACUGGAAAAAGAUCGGCCUUUUCUUUGGUGAUGUCGACCCGUACCUGAUGCACGCACUCUACAACAACUCAAUCUUCACUCGCCGUCAGUCUUUCCACUACCAGUCUGCAUGUGAACCCAUCAGCAGCAGCCAUACUGGUGCAGCACCCAGGGGCAUCUUUGUGCCGUCCAUUGCUGACAUCCUCAGCGUGGCGUGGUGGACUUCGACGGUGGCAUGGUCUGUGAUGCAGCAGCUCCUGUACGGCCUGGCCUACAACAGCUGGCUAUACCAAGAUGAUCUCCUGGUUGACGCUUUCGAGACGAGGGAAAGCAGCUGUGUGACCAUCCAGAGCCAGUUCUACUUCACAAACACCACCAACUCCUACAAUGUGCUGCAGGACUGUGGAAACUGCUCACGGCUGUUCCACGCGAAGAGGAUAGAAAACACCAACCUCCUGUUUGUGGUCGCUGAGACGCUCCCCUGCAGCUCCUGUGAGAUAGAGAGGUUGACGCAGAUCAGGACAGAGUUUCAGGAGGAGAAUCCAUGCGAAGUACUGAGCAACGCGCGAUAUCGUAAAGGCCCGACAUCCUGCUUUGACUACAGUGCCUUAGAAAACACGUCAGAGUGUGGACGGGGUCAUGCACUGCAGUCCUCCAUAGGAAUCCUUCUCUUUAUUCAGCUCAUUCUGCCUCUUCUUCAUCUCUGACACGUGCAAACACUCUAACUGACAUCUUUCAUCUCUUUGGGUUUAGGCUCGGAUCUACUGACUGUCAGAUCAAACAGCAACUGCAAAAUUCUUCUUUUUUGAUCUACAAACGGCACACGGUGCAUUUGUGCUUGAAAAAGAAAUAACGUGGAUCAGUUCUUAGUGUUUUCUGCCUUAUCGCUUAUGCAUUUGUCGGUGUGAGUGCAAAAUGUAGGAAGAGAAUGUGUCGAGUGUGCAUGCUGCUUAAACUAGGACAAGCAUGUUUAACAUUUUUGCACACGGGCUCAGCCAUGUAAGCAAACACUAAAAAGUCAGGGAGGCAGCUGAAAUGUACUUUUCAACGGGCCAAUAAAUGACCCCCCAGCAGGAACAGGCGACAGCCCCAGUUUUAGGUUGGACUGUGGCGGUGGAAUCAUAAAGGAUCUAAAAACUCAGAUGGAUUUACUUUGUGUUAAAUACACAGCGAUGUAAGGAAGUAUUCAGAUCUUUAUUUUAAGUGGAGUUGCUCUAAAAUACCAGUAUAAGUCAUGCAGUUAAGAUUUUACAUAAGUAAAAGUAGAGAAGGAUUAACUUAAAGUAUCAGGUAAAAAUACUCCUGUGUUCUCUCACCAUAUCAUGCAUUACAUUAUCAGAUAAUUAUUACUGAUGUAUUAAGUAUGUAUUUUAAUGUAGCUCAUCAAGAUGAAGCUAUUUUUUAACAGUUUCAUCUAUAAAAAUAAUUUUAAAUUCCAGCAUAGUUUUUUCUGUAUAAGAUAUUAAAUGAAAAAUAACCACAGGCGUCAAAUAAAUGUAGUGAAGUAACAAGUACAAUAUUUCCCUUCACGAUAUAGUGGGGUUGGAGUAUUAAAGGUGCUCUGUGGAGUUUUGGAGAAUAGACAAACUGUUGAUCGUUUGUCUAGAGUCGUUAAGCAUCAUGCUUUUGUUUAUCUCACUGCAAAGCGUUGCUAACAUUACAGCAAGCAUGUCAGUCUUCCUGAUGAGAUCAUGUGACGUGCAUUCAUGCUCCCUCUGGUACGAUAAUCUUAAAAAUAGCCAGCGGUGUGUGUUGCACCAUUAUUUUCAAAUCAUGUAGUGUGUACACGUUCGAGAUCAGAGAGAACAGCAUCUAUGAAGUGUCUCCCUGUGUGUGAGAUGCAACCCAAUUUUUAAAACUGGUUAGGAUUUUAAGGGUGCUUUCACACCUGCCCUGUUCAGUUCAGUUCAAUCAAACUCAAGGUCGUUUGCCCCCUAACUGCUGCUUGUUUGUGGUGAGAACAUGUUCCAAACUCGAUCCGAACCAACUGCAGUCACAUGACAAGCAAACACUAGGUCUGAAAGCACCCUAAAACUCCUGCCGGCUUUACAAAUAUUUUGCUCUAUAGCGCUACUGCUGGUCAAAAACUCCACAGGCUUCCUUUAGUAGCAGAAAAUUACAUUAUUGAUGUAAAGUAAGAGCAACCUCACCACUGUAUCCAACUUUUAUACUUAGUUAAGCCCUGGGUUUUUAUCUGUGAUUGACCAAACACAGCUGUUGACACAACAACUUUGUUGACAGGGUAUUCUGAGUUCUUAGAUCUUUCAUUGUCACUGUCCAACACCUUGUUUAACAGCUCUGAAUAUAUGUAUAUGACUAGACAGCUGUAGGGUUAAUAGCAUCUGUGUGUUUGGGAGGAUUCAUUAGACGAGGCCCACCUCAGUUUUUAACUAAAGCUCUCCGAGGCAUUUACACAACCGACAGUUUUAAAUCGAACUGCUGCAGCAUGAAAAUGUAAAUAAACAGACAGAAUCUGCUGAGCUCAGACACUGCUGCUGCCGCUGCUGCUUCUGGCAAAUUCUGCUUUUGUGGGCUUUUGUGAAAUUCAAAAUGAAUUAUCUGCACCAGUUUCAUUUGCAUGUCCGGUCCUAGCAGUUGUCUUUGCACAAAAAUAGAACGUCCUGCACCUGCAGCAGUUUUUACAUGACAGUAGAUUCGGACCUUAACCUAACAUUCACUUCAGUGUCUUUCAAUCCACCUCUGACCUUUGCCAAGACAGUCUCAGUACUAUAUAUUGCAUCAUACACAACACGACCCAGAAUGAUGUCCCUCUGCCGUCUCACGUACACCCCAUCUCUUAAAUCUGACCAGAAGUUUCCCCCCUCCCCCCUCCCCAGAGAAAUAUUUUCUCAGAGCACUUUGGCAAAUGAGACCACAGAUGAGAAAAGAAAUAACAGACCUGCAGCAUAACACAUCAUAACACAUAUCAGUGAUGAGACAUCAAGAGUUGUUUCAUUGAUACAAAGAUUGUUAACGUCAGGGUUUGUUCUGCUGAAAUGCUUCCACAGAUACUCGGUGUGAUCUUGAUGUGCUUCCAGUUGAUAAGAAUUGUUUAAGUGGACAAAAACAGACCAAAAUUAUCAAAUAUUAUCAGUAAUUUUGUUACAAAAAUGUAGUAGUGAAUUCCUUCAAACGGCUGCAUGGUUUAGUGCAAUAAUGCUGUGAUUAUCUGAUAUUUUUGCAGCAGUUAUCAGGACCAUUAAUUUCUCAUCAAAUUUAGAUUUUAAGUCCUUCACAGUGUUAUCUCUGUGGCCUGACAGCACAGAGCAUGUGCAGACGUCAGUGUGUGGUUUUUAAAAAUCAGUUGUUGGUAGAAGGGACACUCUCUGUCCCUUUUUUGUAUCUUGCAUUGCCACUAUUUGUCAAACCUGAAUUUAUGCACUUAUGUAUGCUUCUGUAUGGGGAAUGUAGCUUCUGAACAGCUUUCAGUGUUAUCAAUAUGUUAUCAGUAUGUGAUGCUUUUUGACCCUCUGUUGAGAUUCCCCUGAUGUCUCGUUGAACGUGAUGAGUCGCUGCUGCAGAAUAUUUCGAUUUUAUCAUGCAUACCUCGUCAUGGCAGUGAUUGUACUAAAUAUUAAGCUGUAGCAAAUAAUUUAUUCACAAUGAGAUGUCUGUCCAGUGCUGUGUGUAUGGGAUCAUUACUAUUUGAGUUAAAAAGAUGCUUUACAAUUUAUUUAAUUUAGGUCAGGGCUUUAUGUUUAGUUAUAAUAUUGACCCCAAACCAGAAAAAUAACACACAAAACAAAUAUUAGGGCUGCAAAAAAAAAGAUUAUUUUUCAUCAUCUAUUAUUCUGCCCAUUCAUUUCUCAAUAAAUCAACCAUUAGUUGUUUUGUUUGUAAAAUGUCAAAAUGGUCCAAAACGCAGCAGAAAAUCAUCGUUAAGGCUGGAACAAGCAAAUGUUUGGCAAUUCGGAAUGUUUGAUAGUUAAAGUCCAGGUAAGCAGAAAUUUGAAAAGGCAAAGAAAAAAAGACAGACGUUGAAAAUACAGCUUUGUCCUGCAGCUUCAUGCCACCACAAACAAGGCAAGAAUUAGCUAACUAGUCUUCCCACAGUCCCUCCGCCUCACUCCUCGCCGGCUGUGGCCUGCUUUCCCGAGAGAAAAGUAGACACUAGAUUGAGAGACAGGCCUUCGGUCAGCAGCUGUAGCGACUUGAAAUCAGCUAGGACAAACCCCCGGCACCAGCUGGUGGCGGGUGGGGAUGCCAGGUCUAACCUGCGUGACAGCAGCAACAGAAAGUUUGCAGAUUGAGGGUCCGUUUCCACAGCUGCUGUCUGCUCUCCUCCCAGCAAGUUGUUCUAUAAGGGUUCGGAGUGAGGCGGAGGACACACUGUGAUUUGAGGCUCUUACUAACUUUAGCCACAUGAACAUGAACUUGAAGCCGCAGCUGUGAGCCUUUAGCUCUGUUAGCAGAAGGCUAAACUAAUAGCAACAUUUUCUCUUCAUCUCUGAGACACUUUUCUGAUAUCAACACGUUUUAUUUCGUUUAUUGUCAGACUCUCUUUUAGACUCUCUUUUUGAUAAGUCCGUCUUCUUUUUUGGGUUGCUUUGCAGUGUAGGCAGUUGUCACCAAUGCUGGAAUAGCAACUUUCUGUGAUUUGGCCAAAGUCUUCUGUCACAGCCUAGAUUUCUAAAGCCUGAAAACAGAGCCAAGAGGAGGUGCAGAAGUCUAGUUUUCUCACAGACCACUUGAAUUACAGUAUGCUCAAAGUUUAUUAUUGGAUUUUUGCCCAGUGACACCCAAAUGAAACUGCCUACCCCAGCUUUAAUUGACUAUCAAAAUAGUUGCUAAUUAAUUUUCUCUUGAUUGACAAAUCAGUUAAUUGACUAAAUAUUUCAGCUGUAACACAUAUUUAAGACGUACAGUUCCCCCUUUCCCCCUUUAAGCAGAAAGAUGUGAAAACUUGACACACGUGUCUUUCUGCAAAGUGAAGCUGAAACAUCCAAAUUAAGUAACAAUAAGCAAAACACAUUGUCGAUUAAAGUGAGGUAGACUGACAGUGUUUGAGUCUUUGAAGUGUGUCGCUGCCUUAUUUUUGAGGAGUUAUGCAUGAUACAAUCCUGAAACAUUUUCCCACAGUGAUUCAUCAGCCCCUGAUGUCUUUUUGUGUUUUUGAUCAUUGGAUCUGAUCUUAAAGAGUUAAUGGGAGAUAUUUUUAAAAAUCUUUUUUGACAAAAUAUUUGUAAAAUGCUGUUUCUCUCCGUCUGCCUGGUGUUCCACCCUGCAGUGCCUUGUUGCACUCGUUUUGGAUGGCAGGAACAUUUGGCUCUUAGAUGUGUGGACGCUCAUCCUGCAGGGCCUUGCGAAAGACACACUUGAAUUUCAAGGGUUGCAAUGGUUCAGCUCUAAAUGGACUUCUCGGUCAGGGAACAAAAAAAAACAGAUGCUCCUCAUGAACUUACGGAGCAUUUUCAAGGAGCACAGUUGUGAAAGAGCACAACAGAAGCGUGUCGAGCAGCUGGCCUCCCCUCCUGCCUUCUCGUGGACAAGAUGUUUGUUAAAGCGUCGAGAACGAACCCUGCUGCCCUUCUGCUACGUGUCGUUUAUCUCUACACUGUGGUUCAGCCUCGAAUCAAAGCACAGACACUGUCCAUUUUCAUAGAUUUACUUGGUUCCAUCUGCACACUGUAUAUUCUAUAUUUGAAGCCUGUCGGAAACGUACUUCUCCAUUAGGACUGACUGAAACGAGUGAAUGUUUAUGUACAGUAAUACCUACUGUUGUGCAUCUCUGCUGUACCCGAGCAUGGUGGGAACCUGGAGAAGCAGAUUAAAGCUCAACACUGUUUGAAGACCUCAGCAGAAACACUGCUUUAAAACAAAAGAACAAAAAAAAAAAGUGUUAACUCUGUGACCUGCAGUAUUAACUUUAGGUCAUAUUGCAUUAUUCAAGCAACACUGUUGUACAUUGAGGGACUUUUUGUGGAACUCUUUAUAGCCGACAAUAUAUUACUACUGUUGAGGUCAGUGUUGUAGUUUCGUUUUGAAUUACCGGUAUUUAUUUGCAUGAUAUUUUGAACAAUUUACAGAUUUGUGUACAUACUCUGAUGGAUAUUUUACAUUCCUGUCCACAUCCGGCUCUCCAGUACUGUGGGGAGAAGUGAAGGCGCCCUCUGUGGAUAUUUUAGGUGAUGUGGAGGCCUCAGAGCUCUUUGCUGUGGGUAACCGAAUGAAGCUGAAAGUUUGACUUCAGUGAAGCCUACAAUAACUGUCAGUGUUUGCAAUUUAAGUCUUUUGCAGCAAGUGAAAACACAGAGAUGUUUAGAGUUAUGAGCAACAUACUGCCUGAUUAAACUUUUGUCAUUUAUUUAGGAAAAAAGUGACACAAAACCGCUGGAGAUGAUUUAUGCAUUUAAAGGCUGUAUAACAAAUAAAUAAGGCAGUGGCAUGUGUGGGGACACCCCUUUAUUAAUUAACUUUGUUUAUGGAAUAGAUUUAAGCGUUGCUAAUUUAAUUUAUUUAUGUAUUAUUUUAUUUGUUUAUUUAUUUGGGUAUUGUGAAUUAUAUUUGUAUUGAGCAGGAAGGAAUCGAAUGUGAUUGAAGCUUGCGUGGGCACACUAAGCAGUUUACAAGAAAAUUGCAAAACAGACAAAAAAUAUAAAUAUACUGUACGUCCAUGUCCUUUUAUUUACUGAGAAUCAAAACAUAAGAAUGUUAAUGUGUUUUGCUGUAACUUUGCUUUUCAUUUUGCUGACGUUGUCGUUUACUCGGGACAGUUUCCUCUCUUUGUGCCAGUCUCCAAUGCCACCUCAUUUUUGUACAGACGAUGUGAAGCAGUCAGCAGAAGAUGAAGGCUAACUUUGUAAAGAUUUUGUCAGUCACAUUACAAAAAUGGAUAUUUAAAUGUUUAUAUCUUUGGUGAUUAAAUGCUGUUGAUAUUUUUCACUUCA